UUUUUUUUUUUUUCAAUUGCAAUGGCUUCUCAGCCAAUAAUUCUCGCGACUGCCGCAUCGCUCUCAGCUGCCGCUGCGCUCGUCCACAGCCGCCAACCGCGCGUCCACGCUGCGACCAAGCUGAGCAUCUACGAUGAACCCGAGCAAGUGAAAACAGUGCUCGUCGAGGCCGAGCCGUCCAUGCUCGAGCGCCACGUCCGCGCCGUCCGCGAGUUCACUGCAAGCAUCCUUGAUGGCAUCAACAUUGCUGGAGAGAAUUCUGUCAAUGCCAUCAUCGGCGCAAGCGUUGUCGCGAACGACGCCAUCACACACGUCCCUCCGACACAAGAGCUGGUGCCACGAAUUGUGCUCAUUUCCGGCAUGGCCGCUGCUGGGUCAAUGGCAGCUCGAAACCGCGGGCGCUUUUUGCGGUACGCCUCCCCCGCGCUGAUGGGAGCCUUGUCUGCGUAUGGUCUCUCGGUUUACACGGCGUACCUCGCCACACAUAACAACCAGCUGCCCAAUCUCCAGCCGUUUUCGGCCUUGUGGAAGCUCGUCCCUGAAGACUCGCCGCUAAAGACAGCGCCCCGCAGCGUUUCGCAGAGCGUGUCGUCGGCCGUGGCGUCGGUCAAGAACGCCGGCUCCUCGCUCUCGUCUUCUGCCGCUUCUCUUUCAACCAGCGCGUCCUCUCUGUCAGCCAGCGCCUCGGCCUUGCCAGACAAGCUCAAGGCUGCCUGGCCCUUCAAGUCAACAGAGGAGGUGGCUGCUGCCAAGCCUGUCGUCGUUUCCAAGGCUCCCCCUUCUGCUGCUGCACCGUCCACCUCUGCCACCGCUGCUCCCGCUGCCCAACCCAAUGUUGACAAGGGACAGAGCAACGACGAGGAUCGCCACAUGUAUUCCACGCGUUCUGAUCGUGGGCCUGAUGCACCAACUCAAGCUUGAGCGCAAGUUGGUUGUUUGCUUUUCACCCUGCAAUAAAAGUCCAUUGUUU